AUGACAGGUUUACUGAAGAAACAUGGAAUCAUUCACAAGGUGGUGACGACUUAUCAUCCCCAAACCAAUGGUCAAGCUGAGGUGUCUAAUAAGGAGAUCAAGUGCAUACUAGAGAAGAUCGUGAAGCCUCAUCGAAAGGAUUGGAGUAUUAGAAUUGCAGAUGUGCUAUGGGCUUAUCUUACUUCGUAUAAGACACCCAUCGGCAUGAGUCCGUUCCGCCUAGUCUACGGAAAGGCUGGUCAUCUUCCGGUUGAGGAAAAGGUGAAGGCAGUGCAUGACAAGAACAUCAAGCGAAGAGAGUUUAGAGCUGGGGAUCAAGUCCUUCUCUAUAACUCAAGGCUGAGGUUAAUGCCAGGCAAGCUGCGGUCAAGGUGGGAUAGACCUUACAUGGUAGAGAAGGUGGAACUGUAUGGCAUUGUCCACCUGAAUCACCCCUUAAGCCCUACCUUCUUCAAAGUAAAUGGACAUCGCUUGAAGCUGUAUCAUGGUGUGAAGAUGAAGAACAACAAGGAGCUAGAGAUCUUCCUUUUGAAGGAUCCAGCACAGGAAGAGGACUGA